AGAACAUCGUCGGGUGGGAAGGUAGUUGGAGGACUCCUGGGCUCCGUCACUAGGUGACUCCGCCCCUCCCGAUUUCCUCCUGGCUGCAGGCGACAGAGCUGAGCCAAGCGUUUACUGGGCAGCUGUUGCGGUAAGUGAGGAGGGGCUGGGGUGCCCAGCGUUUUGGAUCUCCCACUCUGGCCCGGCCCUGGAAUACCACAUAGAGGCCUUGGGACCUGAUUCAUCCCGUCCAGACAGCCCUAGAGACCUGAGCGACUGAGGCCUGGGAUCUGGACUCCGGAAUUUCCUGCGCGGUUCUGGACGCCUUGCCCUGGGGCAGGAUAGUAUUUGAUAAAAACAUGGAUUCUGGAGCAGUACAGAUCUGGUUUCCAUUCAAGGAUUCCCCACAUAUCAAUAAUGUGCCCUGGAGCAAGUUACCCUUCUGAACCUGUUUUUUCAUCUGUAAAAUGCACAGAUUCCAAAUGAAAAUGUUUGAGAGCGCUGACUCUACAGCCACAAGAUCUGGCCAGGAUCUCUGGGCUGAAAUUUGUUCCUGUCUGCCAAAUGCUGACCAAGAAGAUGGUGCCAACAAUUCCUUCUCAGACUCCUUUGUGGAUUCUUACCCUGAAGGUGAAGGCCAGAGGGAGGUGGCUGACUUUGCCGUCCAGCCAGCUGUAAAGCCUUGGGCUCCCUUGCAGGAUUCAGAAGUGUAUUUAGCAUCUCUAGAGAAGAAGCUAAGAAGAAUCAAAGGUUUAAAUCAGGAAGUGACUUCCAAGGACAUGCUUCGAACUCUGGCCCAAGCCAAGAAGGAAUGCUGGGAUCGGUUCCUCCAGGAGAAGUUAGCUUCAGAGUUCUUUGUGGAUGGACUUGAUUCUGAUGAGAGCACCUUGGAACACUUCAAGAGGUGGCUGCAGCCGGAUAAAGUAGCCGUCAGCACAGAGGAGGUCCAGUAUCUGAUUCCUCCAGAGUCACAGGUUGAGAAGCCAGUGGCCAAGGACGAGCCAGCAGCCGGGGACAAACCAGCAGCAGCAGAGCAGUAAAUUACACACACUCACACACGUGGAGCAGCUGUCUCGGGUCCAGAGGGAGCAGCGUGGAGCUCAGCGGCAGCAGCAGGGAGAAAUCCACUGAGGGAAAAAACCCAAAUUUCACUCCACAAAGAAAACAGCUGCAAGCCCCCAGGGACUUACUUGGGGCUGGCAUGUGUGACUGUCUUGGGUGAAGUGACUGACCCAGUGCACGCUGGAUCAAAAUGCUGCUUUCCUCUGUGUCUCAGCUUGACUGAGCUCUGUCACUGCAGAUUAGAAGUCUGCUAAGGAUCGAAUGUGAAAGUACUUGGAGAAACUGAGGCCCCUCAUGUGUAAUGUGUAAGUUAAGUGAGCCAUAUAUUUUCUUGCCUCUUCUGGACAUUCAUGCUUGUGUCCCAAGCAUUCCCUUGGUGAACUGUCACGGGUGAGUGGGGCCAGUAAGAGUGAAGUCUGCUCCUUGAAUCCAAGCCCCAUCUGGGGCUUCGCUAACAAAUCUGUAGUAAGUGUACAGACUCCAGAGAGAGAGGCUGGCCUUCUUUCUCUCAUUUGUUCCUUGCGGAGAAAAGAAGUGUGAAAAUGUGGGUGUUUAUGUCUGUGUAUGUAUAUUUUUUAUUUCAUGCAUGGCUUCUCCUCCAACUUCCUCCUGCACUUAAAAAGGGCCAGGUUCCAAAUUAGACUUGUAAAUAUGGUGUUAGUGUUUGACACUACUCCUGGAUGGUUCCAAACGUCUUCCUUGUGGCAGCUUUCCUGGCUGAGCCCGAGGUUCCCUCCCUGUUUAUCGUGUUCAUGAUCAGUAUAUGUUGUCCAUGUAAAACUUUUCUCAACGGAA